AUGGCACCAGCAGCGACAACGCCACCGCCUUCCCCCAGAGCACUGAACAGGCCCACUGUCUACCUCCUCGAUACUUUCCAUCCUCAGGCUACUGCUCGAGCAGAGUCACUGUUUAACUGCAUACAUCCUUCUGAUCCCGCGCAUCGCUCAUGGCGCGAGCAUGCUCGUUACCUCCUCGUCCGUGGUUCACAUGUGACCGCUGAGGACGUCGCCUCUGCGCCUCAUUUACGCGCAAUUGGGAAGCAAGGUGUUGGUAUAGAAAAAAUUGAUGCCGCUGCUUGUGCAGCAAAGGGGAUCAAGGUCUUCAAUACUCCUGGCGUGAAUGCAAGGGCCGUCGCGGAAUUGGUGGUUUCACUCACAACUGGCUUAGCAAGACAAAUCCGCCCUAUCAGCGUGAGGAUAGAUCGAGGGGAGAUCAUCAAGAAGGAGCAGUGUAACGGACUGAUACUCCACAGAUGCACUGUGGGCGUGAUAGGAAUGGGUAAUAUUGGCAAGACUGUUGCUCGGAUUUUUCGAGGGGGUUAUGAGAGCAAUAUCGUCGCGUAUGACCCAUACAUGGCACAAGGAGCUUGGGAGGACUUACCACAUAAGCGGGUGCAGAAUUUAGAGGAUUUGCUUUCUGUAUCCGAUGUUGUCACCAUUCAUGUGCCAUUGACGCCCGAGACGAGAGGACUGAUCGGGAUAGAAGAAAUGAGGGGCAUGAAGAGAAAUGCUUUGCUAAUCAACACCGCGAGAGGCGGCAUCGUUGAUGAGGCGGCAUUAGUUCAGGCCUUGGAUGAGGGUUUGAUCUGGGGAGCCGGUCUUGAUUGCCAUGAACAGGAACCACCCACCAAGGACAGGUACGAGAGGUUGUGGCAGCAUCAAAACAUUAUCAGCCUUCCACAUGUCGGGGCUGCCACAGCGCAGACACAGAUGGAAACGGCACUGGCAGCCGUGGAGAGGCUACACACAUAUGUGCAAAGCCGCGAGACCAUUGAGGUAAAUGAUGUGGUAGUGUAA